AUGGAUGGGGAAGAGCUAAUCGCCUCGGUCUUGCACAAGAUCGAGCGAGAGAAGGCCCUCAUCACCGCUGCCAGUAACAUGCGGCAGUCCACCGACAACCCCCUCGUGCAACAGAGAGUCGACGCCAACAUUCGUGAUGGCCGCAAGAACAUCGCUUAUCUGGAGGAGAAAAUGCGAGAACUGGAAAUCCGCCAACGAAACCAAAGCGCUGGCUCCCCCGGCCAGCGUGGAGGCCCCGCCCCUCCACCCAAGGACCACGGCGGAUAUGCUGGCGACCACGGCGACUACAACGACCCCCACUACCCUCAAGGAGGCUCGGGCUCGAUGCCUUCCGGUGCCCCAUUCCCCGACCCUCGACCUUACGCCCCGAUCCCGAAGGCCAGGCCCAACUACACCAAGCUAGAUCUGAUCAAAUAUGACACCCCGUACCUCGGGCCCAAGAUUCAACUGAUGUUGUCUCAAUUGGAGUUCAAGCUGAGUGUGGAGGUGCAAUAUAAAGCCGGUAUCGAGAAAAUGGUUCGUCUGUACCAGGACGAGGGUGACCGGAAGAGUCGCGCCGAUGCCGAGGGCCGUCGCAUUGAAAGCAAUCAAAAGAUUCAGCUUUUGAAGCAGGCCCUGAAGCGAUACGAGGACCUCCACGUUGAUAUCGAGUCUGGCGACGCACCUGAUGACGAGUCUCUGAGUAGUCCAAACAUGCGCAAGCCCCUGACUGGUCUAUUGACGAUGCGCAUUCAUGCGGUCAAGGACGUGGACCACGCCGCCAGCUCGAGAUUCUCUCGCGGUCCGGAAACUUACGUUGUCGUCAAGGUUGAAGAUGCAAUCAAAGCUAGAACCAAAGCAACCCGCAAUGACCGGUGGUUGGACGAGGGCUUUUCUAUGGACAUCGACAAGGCAAACGAGAUCGAGUUGACUGUCUACGAUAAGUCUGGUGACCGCCCCACUCCCAUUGGUAUGUUAUGGGUGCGCAUUUCCGAUAUCGCAGAGGAAAUGCGUCGGAAGAAGAUUGAGACCGAGCUCAAUGCGUCCGGAUGGGUGUCAGCGGACAAGAUGGCCGAUGGCGGGUCUCCCCGACAUGAUCACCCCUCCUCUCCUAUGGGAUCUUCACAUGGCGCCAGCUCUGGAGGACGACCCGGCACUGCGGGUCACGGAGGGCACCAUGGCGGCGAGAGCACCAACGUUCCCCCAACCCAAAUGAUAGAGUCAUGGUUCGCUCUGGAACCAGUUGGCCGUGUUCAGCUCCAAAUGAGCUUUGCCAAGCAAUUGAAGGAUCGCCGUCCGUUCGAUAUCGGUUUGAACCGUCAAGGUGCUGUGCGUCAAAAGAAGGAGGAGGUUCACGAGAAGCAGGGCCACAAGUUCGUCACUCAGCAAUUCUACAACAUCAUGCGCUGCGCGCUGUGCGGAGAAUUCCUCAAGUAUGCCGCAGGCAUGCAGUGCGCGGACUGCAAGUACACUUGUCACAAAAAGUGUUACUCCAAGGUUGUCACAAAGUGUAUCAGCAAAGCAAACUACGAGACCGACCCGGACGAGGAGAAGAUCAAUCACCGCAUUCCCCAUCGCUUCGAAGGGUUCUCCAACAUUUCCGCCAACUGGUGCUGCCACUGUGGAUACCUACUUCCAUUUGGACGCAAAAAUGCCAAGCGCUGCUCUGAAUGUAGUCUUACGUGCCACGCUCAGUGCACUCACCUUGUGCCCGAUUUCUGUGGAAUGACGAUGGAAGCGGCGAACCAAAUUCUCGAGACAUUGAUUCGCACUAAGAAUCACAACAAGUCUGCCUCUGUUAGUUCCGGCCUCAGCAACCGUACCCUUCGACCAAGCGGUCCGCCGCAGCCCCCUCAAGACAAUGCUGCCCUCUCCUACCCCCAGAAACCGAUGGAAGGGCCAUAUGGCGCCCUUCCUAGACAACCCUCCGCAGAAGCGGUAAGCGCAGCCACUAACUCCUUUAUGACCCCACAGUCACCAACCGCUGCUGCACAGGCUGCACAGCGUCAACAGAUCCCGCCAAAGUCGCCCUCUGGAUCGUCCGCCGCUGCGGCUGCGGCCGCGGCAGCCUCUGGGCUUCGCAGUCCCCAGCAAACACCGACCGAAAUGAGCCGCCCGAUGCCGCCGCCCCAGGCGCCCCAGGCGCCCCAACAUGCUCAUUACGACCCAUCUGCGUACGCCAACUUCCCGCAGCAGCCUCCCCCUCAGGCCAUGCAGAAGCCACAGCAGUCGUACCCAAUGGCACCGCCUCCUCAGCCCGCGCAGCCUAUGCCUCAGCAACAGCAGGUUGCACCUCCCGCCAAAGACGAGGUUGCACAGGCCAAGUCUCGUAUUGGAUUGGACCAUUUCAACUUCCUUGCUGUGCUUGGAAAGGGUAAUUUCGGAAAGGUUAUGCUGGCUGAGACUAAGAGCAGCCGCAAGCUGUAUGCCAUCAAGGUCCUGAAGAAGGAGUUCAUCAUUGAGAACGAUGAAGUGGAGAGCACUAAAUCCGAGAAGCGUGUGUUCUUGAUUGCUAACAAAGAACGUCAUCCCUUCCUUCUCAAUCUGCAUGCUUGUUUCCAGACUGAAACUCGUGUCUAUUUCGUCAUGGAGUACAUCAGUGGUGGUGAUCUUAUGCUUCACAUUCAGCGUGGUCAAUUCGGUCUCAAGCGGGCACAAUUCUAUGCUGCCGAAGUCUGCCUGGCGCUCAAGUACUUCCACGAGAAUGGUGUCAUUUACCGUGAUUUGAAGCUUGACAAUAUCUUGCUGACCCUGGAUGGUCACAUCAAGAUUGCCGAUUAUGGUCUCUGCAAGGAGAACAUGUGGUAUGGCGGCACAACGAGCACCUUCUGUGGUACUCCCGAAUUCAUGGGUCCCGAGAUUCUGCUGGACAAGAAGUAUGGACGAGCUGUGGAUUGGUGGGCAUUCGGUGUUCUCAUCUACCAGAUGCUUUUGCAGCAAUCUCCCUUCCGUGGUGAGGACGAGGAUGAAAUCUAUGAUGCCAUUCUUGCCGACGAGCCUCUCUACCCCAUCCACAUGCCCCGUGAUUCCGUGUCUAUCCUUCAGAAGCUGUUGACCCGUGAGCCUGAGCUGCGCCUGGGCUCCGGUCCCACCGAUGCCCAGGAGGUUAUGUCCCACGCCUUCUUCCGCAACAUCAACUGGGAUGACAUCUACCACAAGCGGGUCCCUCCACCCUUCAUCCCCACUAUCAGCAGCCCCACCGAUACCAGCAACUUCGACCAGGAGUUCACCAGCGUGACCCCAGUUCUCACACCUGUUCAGUCUGUGCUUUCACAAGCGAUGCAGGAAGAAUUCCGCGGCUUCUCUUACACCGCCGACUUUGCUUGA